AGAAUAACUCCUGAGUAACCUCGGACAACCGUGCUCGGGUCCCACAAUCCACUGAUCGGAGCUUGAACGCUCCUAGUUAUGCGACUUAACAAUCAGCAGCGACGGUCCUUGCAUCUAGCAUCCCCGCCGUCAACAUGAUCGUAUCAACUAUUUUUCACGCACGACAUUCUCUCAGCACUCAGUUACCUUCUCGAACCCACUCCCGCACAAUGAUAGCAGCCGCCACACAGGCGAAGCGCGUCGCCAAAGAAGAAGGCACGAUCGCGGACGUGUUCACGACACUAGGUCCUGGUACCGAAGUUGCCGCACUUCCAGCUCGGUUUGCUCAGCUGAAGAAGGAUGUACUCACCGAUAUGGGCGCGACCCAUGCGAGCAUUGUGCAGGCCUGGAAACAGGUUCUAGUUGCUUUGGAAGGAAGAACGAAGGAGGUUAUCAGUCUGGGGGGAGAAGUCAUUCCUCGUGUAUCAUUUACCGACAUUAAACGCGGCUUGUCCGACACCCAGAAGGAUGUCAUCAAGAAAUCUGGCGUUGUUGUGGUCACGGGCGCAGUCUCAAAAGAGGAAGCGCUACGAUGGAAAGCGUCGGUGAAGGAAUAUAUCGCUGCGAACCCUGUCAAAGGCUUCCCAGCGCACGAUAUUCAGGCAUAUGAGCUCUAUAACACUAAGCCUCAAAUCGCGGCGCGUACUCAUCCAGCCAUUCUUCGUACUCAACAAGAGCUCCUCCAGCUUUGGCACGAUCCAUCAAACAAGCACGUCGACUUUAGUACCCCUAUCAGUUACUUCGACCGCUUGCGCAUUCGCACUCCUGGUGACAGCUCGUUCACACUUGGCCCUCAUAUCGAUGGGGGAAGCGUCGAGCGCUGGGAGGAUCCCACAUUCCGUAGGGUCUUCCACCGAAUCUUAGAAGGCGGAACGGGCUGGAAGUCACAUGACCCAUUUGAUGUGUCCUGGCGCAUGGAUGCAAAACAAGAUUUAUACAAUGCACCGAAUCAAUGUUCUAUCCUUCGUUGUUGGCAGGGGUGGACAUCACUCUCCACGACUGGCGUAGGUGAGGGUACACUUCGUGUACUUCCGAUGCUCUCCCUAGCGACCGCGUAUAUCAUGCUCCGUCCUUUCUUCCGUCCUGGCCCUGCGGGUGGCGAGUGGGAGCUGGACUUGGAAAGCAGCUCGUUUCCAGGUAGUGUACCAGGAAAGGGGCAGGAACUCAACGAAGAAACGCACCCGCAUCUGAGACUCGGCGAAACCAUGACGAGUAUUCCAGAGAUUCAGCCUGGUGAUCAAGUUUAUUGGCACUGCGACACUGUACAUUCUGUCGAAAAACUUCACGGUGGUCAACACGAUUCAUCAGUUUUCUACAUUCCUGCAGUGCCGCUUUCAUUGAAAAAUGCAUCAUAUAUCCGGGACCAGCGAGCCAAUUUCCUGCAUGGUCUGCCCGCUCCGGAUUUCCCCGGAGGCUCCGGCGAAUCUACUUUUAAAGGACGAGCUAUGCCGCAGGAUAUCACCACUAGCCAAGGACGUCGGGCGUUGGGUCUUGAGCCGUUUGUGUCAAGGGGCGUCGAGAAUGGCGAGCUUGUUGAUGCAGCGAACCGUGUGUUGUUUGGUUGAGGGUGUUGUAGAUAACUGAAAUAUCCUGUCUGAUUUUUAUGUAUCUCGCUGCGAAAAGGGCUUAAAUGCUUGAUCAAUGAUGCAGAGCAGU